AUGUGUUAUAAAUUACUAUCGGCUUUGUUAUGUCAAUGUUGUGUAUCAUCUGCAAAGAAAAAGAAGAAAAAAGUCAUAAAUAAACAAAAUAUUCAACAAAUGAUGAGACAAACAGAAUCAUCGGAUAAGACUAAAGUCGGUUGGGUUACAAAAAGUGGUGAAAUACUAUCUUUUAGUCAAAUUAAUAACAAAGAGUUGACUCAAGAAUAUUAUAUUCCUCGAGAUUUCAAAUCGCAAGACGAAGGCGUCAGAUGCAGAGGUUGGGAAAUUAAGAAAGAGAUCGGAUCCGGAGGUUAUGCUGUUAUCAAAGAAGCGGUUAAUAUUAAAAAACCAGAUAAAACUGUAGCCAUAAAGAUAUUACCAUUUAAUGACAAUGUUAUACAAAACAAUAAAAUGAGACGAAGAAAUUGGGAAAGUUUUAAACAGGAAUUGAUUUUAUUAGUCCGAGAAAAACAUAGAAAUAUUGUCCAAGUAUUGGAUCAUUUUAUUAUUCAUGAAAUGCAUAAAAAGUUUUUCUGUUAUAUUGUUAUGGAAUUGGCUGAACGGGGAUCAGUUCUUCAGCAGAUGAUAGAUGAAAAUCCUGAAGACAAGAAGUCAAUGUCGUCAUCGUAUAAACCAUUGUCCGAAACCAAAGCAAAAUCAUAUUUUAGAGAUACAGCCUUUGGUUUACAGUAUUUGCACAAUAAAAAUAUAACACAUAAAGAUCUUAAAUUAGUUAAUCUAUUAGUAUUUAUUGAUAACAACAAUAAAGAAGUGGUCAAAAUUGCCGAUUUUGGGACGAGUCGUGUCAGCUAUAAAGAAGAUGUGGUCAAAGAGUACAAAUGUUACGGAACUGUUGAUUAUAUGUCGCCACAAAUAUUCAGGAUUUAUGUUUACAUCAAAAUAGGACAGAAAAUAGAUUUACUUAAGAAAUACGAUCCAUUUGAAGCCGAUUGUUGGUCACUCGGGGUUUGUCUAUAUUUCAUGAUUUGCGCAAAAAUACCGUUUCUGCCCAAAGAUUGUCAUACAUAUCAAAAAGUAAACCCAAAUUUAGACACUUAUAAGUUUAUCCAUCAAAAUAUGAUUCUUAAAAGAUAUGAAAUAUUAGAUCAGACAAGAAAUACUUAUACGGAUCAAUGUCUCGACAUUUUGUCACAACUAUUACAUCCAAAUUCAAGUAAUCGCAUCAAAAUUAACGACGUUUUGCAACAUAAGUGGCUCAACAGUGAAACAGAUAAUUAA